AUAUUCCUAAUAUUUAUUUAUUUUAGAAGUUUCAUUCUUUAACUUCUUUAGGAUGAAAAAUAAUUUAUAAACGUUAUAAACGAUAAAGAAUAAUUGGAUAAAUCAUAAUGGUUUUACAAAAUACAGGUAGAUUUAAAAGCGACAAAAAUGAGACUCAAAAGAAAGAAGUUGGAUCUUCUUCAGGUCCCAGGGAAGAAUCAUCUGAGUCACGUAUUCGAAACGCAUUAGACAAUGAUAGAAUUGAUUCUAAGUAUGGUUUCGACAGAGUACGAGAUACUAAAGAGCGCACCGGUUACCUAAUUAACAUGCACACGGCUGAAAUACUUGAUGAAGACAAGAGAUUGGUGGCUGCUGUGGAUUAUUACUUUAUAGAAAUGGAUGGUUCAAGGUUCAAAAUAUCACUUAUGUUUCAACCCUACUUUCUAAUUAUGGCACGAAAGGAAUGUGAGCAAGAAGUCAUUCAAUAUUUAUCUAAAAAGUUUGCUGGCACAAUACACAAAAUUGAUGUUAUAGAAAAGGAAGACUUGGAUUUGCUCAACCAUCUGUCUGGUAUAAAACAGCGUUUUAUAAAGCUCUCCUUCAUGUCUCAAAAUGAGAUGAUGAAAGUGAGACGAGAAAUUUUAACAGCAGUAAAUAAAAACAAAGAACGUGAGAAAAAAGAUGCAAUAUAUGCUGAAAUGUUAACAAAUGCUCUCACAAGUGCUGCGGCUAUUGAACAUGCUAAAAAAACUACAGAUCAUAUGGAAAAUAUUCUUGAUAUCAGAGAACAUGAUGUACCAUACCAUGUCCGAGUGUCAAUUGACAUGCAAAUAUUUUGUGGUACAUGGUAUACUGUCAAGCCCAGAGGAAUAGAGACUCCCAUAUUUACAAAAAGAGACGACAUCCUAGAAAGACCAGAUCCAAUAGUUUUAGCAUUUGAUAUAGAAACCACCAAACUGCCACUGAAAUUCCCUGAUUCACAGUCUGAUCAAAUUAUGAUGAUUUCAUAUAUGAUUGAUGGACAGGGGUAUUUAAUUACUAAUAGGGAAAUUAUAUCAACUGAUGUAGAGGAUUUUGAAUACACACCUAAACCAGAAUUUGAAGGGCAAUUUAUAAUUUUUAAUGAAGCAAAUGAAUUGGGGCUAAUACAAAAGUUUUUUGACCACAUCAUGGAUGUUAAACCUCAUAUUUUUGUGACAUACAAUGGUGACUUUUUCGAUUGGCCAUUUGUGGAGGCCCGAGCUGCAAUCCUUGGUCUGGAUAUGAAGCAAGAGAUCGGUUUCAGCAAAGUUACAGCCAGAGAUGGCACAUAUGCCUGCAGACCUGCUAUGCAUAUGGAUUGUUUAUGCUGGGUGAAAAGAGACUCAUAUUUGCCAGUGGGAUCUCAGGGUCUGAAGGCGGUCGCUAAAGCCAAACUGCGAUAUGAUCCAGUCGAGCUCGACCCUGAAGAUAUGUGCAGAAUGGCGGCUGAACAACCACAGGUACUAUCAAACUACUCUGUGUCUGAUGCAGUAGCGACCUACUACCUCUACAUGAAGUAUGUUCAUCCAUUUAUAUUUGCGUUAUGUACAAUUAUCCCUUUGGAGCCAGAUGAGGUACUACGCAAAGGGUCAGGUACGCUUUGCGAGGCAUUACUCAUGGUGCAGGCUUUCCAUGCGAAUAUAGUGUUUCCGAAUAAGCAAGUUGAGGAAUUAAAUAAGCUGACAGCAGAUGGCCAUGUGUUGGAAACUGAAACAUACGUAGGCGGGCAUGUCGAAGCGUUGGAGUCCGGAGUAUUCAGAGCCGAUAUAAAAUGCAAAUUUCGUAUAGUACCAUCGGCGGUGGAUAAAUUAAUAGAGAAUGUUGAGAAAACAAUGAAACAUGCUAUAGAAGUUGAGGAAGGAAUUCCUUUGGAACUGGUUGAUAACUUCGAUGAGGUCUGUGGGGAAAUUAAGGCUAAAUUGCAGCAUAUGCGUGAUCAUCCCAGAAGAGAUGAAAAUCCAUUGAUAUACCAUUUGGAUGUUGGUGCUAUGUAUCCGAAUAUUAUUUUGACGAAUAGAUUGCAGCCGUCCGCCAUGGUCUGCCCAAGUGUCUGUGCAGUGUGUGACUAUAAUAGGCCUGGAGCUGAUUGCCAAAGACAUAUGGAUUGGAUGUGGAGGGGAGAGUAUUUGCCGGCUACGAGAAGUGAGUAUCAGCGCAUCCAACAACAGCUGGAAACUGAGAAAUUUCCACCCUUGAACCCUGGAGGACCUCCACGAGCGUUUCACUCGCUGCCAAAAGAGGAACAGGCUGCCUAUGAGAAAAGACGUCUAGCGGAUUACUGUAAAGUGGCGUACAAGAAAAGCAAGGUCACGCGCAUGGAAGUCCGCAAAACAACUAUAUGUCAGAAGGAAAAUUCAUUCUAUGUUGAUACUGUGAGAGCCUUUAGAGACCGGCGUUACGAAUACAAAGCUUUAAACAAACAGGCCAAAGCGCUAGUCGCGGCGGCGGUGGCGAGCGGAGACGCGGCGGAGGUAAAGUCGGCUAAGAGUCGCGAAGUUUUGUACGACUCGCUGCAAUUGGCCCACAAAUGUAUAUUGAACUCGUUCUAUGGAUAUGUUAUGAGGCGAGGCGCCCGCUGGCAUAGUAUGGAAAUGGCGGGAAUUGUUUGUUAUACGGGCGCUAACAUUAUCAUGAAAGCGAGGGAAAUCAUUGAACAAAUCGGUCGACCUUUGGAACUGGAUACAGACGGUAUUUGGUGUAUUCUACCUUCAUCAUUUCCGGAAAAUGUAACUGUACGUAGCACUCAUCAAAAGAAGAAAAAAAUCAACGUUUCAUACCCUAAUGCAGUUUUAAAUGCUAUGGUUAAGGAUCAGUUCACUAACGACCAAUAUUACGAAUUAAUCGAUCCAGCUGAAAAAAAGUAUGAAAAGCGCGCGGAAAAUUCAAUUUUCUUCGAAGUAGAUGGACCGUAUUUGGCCAUGGUGUUGCCAGCUUCGAAAGAAGAGGGGAAAAGGCUUAAGAAGCGAUAUGCUGUUUUCAAUUUUGAUGGUUCUUUGGCGGAAUUGAAAGGUUUUGAAGUAAAACGUCGAGGUGAGCUGCAAUUAAUAAAAAUAUUCCAAUCUUCAGUGUUUGAGGCAUUCUUAAAAGGCAACGACUUAAAGUCAUGUUACAGUGCAGUCGCUAAAGUGGCCGAUUACUGGCUUGACGUGUUAUACAGUAAAGGGUGUAAUAUGCCGGAUUCGGAAUUGUUUGAACUUAUUUCGGAAAAUCGAUCUAUGUCAAAGAAAUUGGAGGAUUAUGGUGGGCAGAAAUCAACGUCUAUCUCAACUGCGAAGAGACUGGCUGAGUUCCUUGGAGAUCAGAUGGUUAAAGAUGCUGGCUUGGCUUGUAGAUUCAUAAUAUCACGUAAACCAGACGGUGCGCCCGUAACCGAACGUGCGAUACCUCUAGCGAUAUUCCAAUCGCCUGCCGCCGUCAAACGACACCAUUUACGACGCUGGCUUAAAGACAAUACGAUAUCUGAAGAUAUAGACAUAAGAGACGUUCUGGACUGGGCAUAUUAUAUCGAGAGAUUGAGUGGGGCCAUACAAAAGAUUAUUACGAUACCGGCUGCUAUGCAAGGUUUAGACAACCCUGUACCGCGAGUGCAAUACCCCGAUUGGCUGCACAAGAAGAUGUUAGCGAAAAGCGAUAAAUUUAAAACCAGGAAAAUCACAGACAUGUUCAGUGUGCAGCCUAAAGAAAUGGCUGGAAGUGACGAGCCAUCUACGAGCCAUGCCGAUCCCGAGAAUACAAUACUAGAUAUGGAAGAUAUCGGCAAAGAAACCAGAGAUAAGGAAAUACGUCCCAUAGUGCAUACGGUGAAACGUAAGAGAGAAGAAUCUCCAGUAAAGGAAGCUGCCUCUUGGCGAGAGGCGUUAGGAUCACCACCACCGUUUGGAAAUACAAAGGAAGAACGUAUAGCGUGGAUUGUCUUCCAAAAGAAAAAAUGGAAAUGGCAAAUAGAGCAAAGGGGUCGACAUAAUCGAAACAAAAAAGGUAAAAUGGAUAAUAUGGCAACACUUCCUAAGACAGUUGGUGCAUCGAAUACCUUAGGAGGUUUUAUUAAAAGGGCACAGCGCACGUUGCUCAAUACUCCUUGGCAGAUUAUUCAGAUAGCAGAAACAGCAGAGCCGGGUCUAUUCCGUCUCUGGGCUUUAGUGAACAACGAGUUGCAUCAAAUUAAGCUGACAGUACCGAGAAUAUUCUACGUAAAUCGCCGAGUUGCUAUCGAAGAGACCGGCCAGUACUACCGUAAAUGCAGUCGCGUUCUACCGCGAGCACAUCCCGCCGUACAUCUUUAUCAGUAUACAGUGCCUGAGCAUUUGUAUAGGGAGAAGAGGCAAGAACUCAUGAGCGAAUUGUCUGCGCCGGAGAUAGAAGGAAUAUAUGAGACCCAAAUGAGUCUGGAGUUUAGAGUUCUCGUACAACUUGGAUGUAUUUGCAGUGUGGACCAACAAGAAGCAAGAAGGUUACUUCAGGUUGGUUCGAACAUGGAUACAUUUACGUUAAGUCAACUGCAGUUUAAAAGUGUAGCACAUCAAGCGUAUUUACAAAAACAGGACGAAAUAUCACCAAUAAAGCACAUAUUCCUCUAUCAGCACUCGGCACCGAACUCAAGUCGAAGUAUGUGGUCCCUUAUACUUGGUCCCAGCAAGCGGGCGUAUAUCUUUGUAUUGGAUACUGUUAAAACCAAUCAAGUGCCCAAUAUGAACACCCUGUAUCUCGCCGAAAGGACUGCGAAAAUAAACCUAGGCACAGUAGAGAGCACGAUACCCAGUUCGGAGUUAAAUUGGGAAGUAACAGUGGAGACGGAAGCACGAGCUAUUUAUCGCGGUAUACAGAGGGCUCUGCAGAGAUAUCGAGACGAGAAGUUUGGUCCUACAGUACUCGCGCUACAAACGGCACUAUCGCCUGCAGCGUUGACUUCACUUAUGCCAGGUCUAUCGGAUUUCCCCCUGGUGCCGCUUCACAUACGGGACGUUGAAUCUCUAUACAACACGUUGGAGUGGCAGCGAAUCGGCGCACGCGCAAUCGUCAGACAUUACCUCAACUUGGACUCUGUUAUAAAUCUUACAAUCGAACAAUGCAGAUACUUCCACGUUCCGAUCGGAAACAUGCCAGCUGAUCCGACGUUAUUCGGUGCGGAUCUGUUCUACGCACGGCAUCUCAUAAAGCAUAAUUUCGUUCUUUGGUGCUCUAACCUCGAAAGGCCGGAUCUUGGAGGCAGGGAGAUUGAUGAUAAUAGGUUAGUUAGUGAAGUAGAAGACAGUAAAUCUUGUGCGGUUGGUUCGAGUGGUGCGUACGGGAGUGUGUGUGUAGAACUAGACACAGACGCGCUGUGCGUAUGCGCAUUGUUACAGGCGCAUCAUAUAUUACAGGUGGAAGGUACCAGUGUUGCCACAUCGUUUGGAGCACAGCACGCUAACAUUCAGGAUGUAAUGGCAAAUACAGGUUCCAAUGCAACUGUUAACUACGAUGAGACAGCGCAGUGUAGCGCGGCCUUUAAGAUAUUACGAACAAUGAUCGCGUCUUGGCUGCGUGACGUCACACUGUACAAGAACGUGUUCGCCGAUUUCCAAAUAUCGCAUUUCUACAGAUGGCUAAAAACCCCAACAUCUCUAUUAUAUGACCCGGCAUUACGACGUACUCUAUACAACCUCAUGAAGAAGCUAUUUCUCAUGUUAAUAGCCGAGUUCAAACGUCUCGGCUCGCAGAUUGUGUACGCGGACUUCAACAAAAUCGUACUUUGUACCAGCAAAAGUACUGUCAUCGACGGAAUUGGUUAUGUGGAAUUCGUGGUACAAAGCAUCAGGAAUAAGGAAUUAUUCCACGGCAUUGAUAUUCGGUACAAACAGUGCUGGUCCUAUCUCCUAUGGCUGGAUGAAGCCAACUUUGCUGGUAUACAGGGUAAAUUACCAGAGGGAUUAGUGGAAGUGGGUUCAUCUCAAGUUCCGAAGCCUGAUGAUGAGGAACCGGAUCAUGAGAAAUCCAUAACAAUGCAAUGGAACCUGGCAAAAUUCCUGCCGAAUGGCGUUCGUGAACACUUUUGUACAGCGAUCGCUGGCUUUCUUAGUGCAGCUUAUGAAGAACCGGAUAAUCUGGCCAUGCUACUCGCUACUGAGAUGUCGCAAAAGCUUUUCCAAAUAACGGAGAAGAUAAAGUCCCGUAUGCCCAUCCUUCGAAUCUCUGAGCUGGAGAACUCGCCCGGGUUGAGAGCAGAGGCACUCGAAGGCGCUUCGCCCGCCUUGCUGUUUGUUAAUGCUCUAUGUAAGGUGCUCUCCUUGGACCAGGCACUGGAUGAUCAGGUAACCCUUCUCCGGCGUAACCUGCUCCGUUUGAUCAAUGUUGGCGAAUUCAGCUCGUUGGCCGAGUGGCGGGAAGCAUCUUCGUCUUGCGUCCUCUGCGAGGUUAUCUGCAAGGUGUGCAAUCAUUGUAGGGACCUGGAUCUGUGUCUGGAUACACAUAGAUCUACGCUAGGCGAAGUACCUGUAUGCCUUUGUCCUACUUGUGAAACACCAUACGAGAAUCAAGAAUUAGAAUGGCGGUUAAUUGAGAUAUUGAACAGACGAGCUAUGUCUUACACAUUGCAGGAUUUAAUCUGUGCUAGAUGUCAUCAGGUCAAACGGGAAAACCUAUCAGUAGUAUGUGACUGUGCUGGAGAGUUCACCUUAAUGAUACCAGCAAGUGAAAUAAGGUCACAACUUGUCACCUUUGAGACCAUAGCGCAGUACUAUCAAAUGCCUUUAUUGUUAGAAAUCAUUCAAUUUAAUUUAAGCAACAUGUGAUAUUACAAUAAUAAAGUUACUUUUUACAUGU